AUGAGUGGCUUGAGAGGUGGGCCUCUGGGCUACUCUUCUGAUGCCCUGGAGCCAGAGAAAAAACCAGUGAGGUUUGACAUAAAUCUCUAUGGGGCUCCCCAGGAGGUCAUGCAACUGAUUACAAACAUCAAGGAUGUUGCAGAACAAUUUUUAUACCACUGGAAAACAUUUCCUAUUAUUCUUCCUCCUCCUAUCGGAUUAGAAUCUUUUCAAAAUCAGACUUCCCACAGAUAUUCUAGUUCAGAUCCACUAACUCACUCAAAUAAUAAUUUGGGUGGUGGUGAUAGUCAUUCAGCAGCUUGCCAUAGUCUUGCUCGAAGGCAUCAUAAACACACAAAUGCUAGAGAUUUAUUCAUUACACCUUCUUUUGACGAACUUGAUGCUGUGGCGAUGGAUUCGAAAGGAGAGCAACGAAGACUUGGUAGCAAACAUUUUGAAUCAAUACAAGAAAGAGGGCUUGAUAAAGAUAAGUAUGGUAAACCUAAACGAUUAAACAGUAGUCAACUUGAAAGUAUUCAAAGAUGGGGAGAAUUCGAAGUGGAUAGUUUAAAUUUUCCUGGACAAGUUCACAAAUGGAGGUUAAGUGAAUUGAUGCAAAAAGGAUCUGAACGAAGCAGGGAUUCACUUUUAAAUGAUCUGUCAUUAGCUCUGCGUUUUAUUAUAGUCACUGCUAAAGGACGCUUAUUUUCACAUUAUUUUAGUGUCCUUCAAGCGGUUAAAGCUCUCUUUACUGGACUUUUAAGACUGUUGGAUAUUUUUAUUGGUGUACCUUCUUUGCUCGCUCAUAACGUUGAAGAAAAAAUUCGUGAAGAAAGAAGUCGAUAUCUUGUUGCAGAAUUAGUUUGCAGGCCGGAAUUAGAAGAGUCUCUUGAAUUUUUAUGUAAAUUUGUAAAACGUCAAAUCAGACGAGCAGCAACUGAAAAAUUUGAAAUAGAACGUGAAUCAGCCAACAUUCCUAUUUCUAUACCCUAUUUGUUUCUCACUCCAAAGGGUUGCGAACUGGAUUUAAGACUUUUCUCAAGAGAUCUCAUGAAAAAAGCUCUCCCAGUUUUAGUUUCUAUUUUAGAACGUGAAACGCGGGGAUGGUUUUUGCAUUUUAGGGAAAAACUUAUUUCAGAAUUAAGAGCACAAAAAUUAUCAGAUUUUCAAAUAGAAAGGGAAGUUAAUGAUGCCGUCAUGAAAGAAUACCUGCAAAGGGUUUAUUCUAGCAUCUUAUCACAUCCGGAUCUUAUGGCUUUAGGAGAAGGAGUACCAAAACUCUUUGUAGAACAAGCAAAUUCAGUUGUGUUAAUGCACAGGGCUGUAGAAAAUGUACAGAAAAAAUUAAAAACAACCAAAGAAAAUUUAAAACUUAGGCUGGAAUACAUGCAUCCGGUUUUAUGUAGAAUUCGACCUUGGAUGAGAGAUAAAUUGAGAAAAGCGGAAGCAAAAUUUAUUGAAGAAUGUCAAUGGAGUGCUCACGAGGAAGCUUUAGUUUUAUGCAAUAAUAAUCGUUUAUCUCAAACUGUUUAUUUCUUAAACCGUGAUUUAACUUUUAUGAAAGAGAGAGAGCCGGUUUUAUUAAAAGAACUUCGAAAAGUUAAGAAUCCAACCAGAAGUUUUCAUUGGUUAACUCAAAUCUGGAUGCCCACUCAUUGGAUCAUCAAAAGAAGUUUUCAAGGAACUACAGAAAUUAUCCCUACAGUUUUAAGUUCAACUCCUACCUCAAUAACAACUCCGCGUUCAGAUCCUAGUCAGCCCGUGUUUUUAGUUGAAAAAGAAAACGUUCGCGUUACAACGACCAGAUGGCCCAUGUGGCGAUGGAUUAAUUAUUGUCAUCGAACGUGGGCUUGGACUUGGAAUGCCAUGUUUUUAUUGGGAAUUGUUAUACCUUGGUGUAGUCCCGUUAGUUUCCGAGCUCUCUUUAGUGUAGAACCUUUCAUGCCAGAUUUAGAAUUGUCUCAGGUAAACGGAACUUUAUUUCCAAAAAAAUCCAGUGUGACUCCAACAUUAUGUUCUCGACUUAGUUCGCUUUGGAGACACAUUUCAAAAUCUAGAACACAUUUUGAAACGAAACCGGAUACGGGCUUUAUUGGUAAGGGAAUGACUCGACAUUUAAAUAGAAUUUGGAAUUACAUAAUAAAAGGAUUUUUUGGUACGCUAGCGUGGGCUACUUUAUUUCCGAUAAUAUGCAUUGUUAUUAGUGGAGUUAGUAUAGUUAUCGCUCUUUCCGCAGUACUGUGGAUGCCCAUGUUUACACUAUUUUUACAUUUGUUUAUGGCGGUGUUGUAUGACUUGGACAAUCCAGAUCCUUCAAAAAAUAAAUACUUUGUUUUUUUAGAAGCCAUAAUUUGGAAUAUAUUAAUUCAAGGUUGCAUGCAACCAAUAGCUGCAAUUAUUGUGGGUGCAAUCAUUUGUCCCAUUAUAAGUUUGUUUAUUCUCGCAGUUGCAUUUACAAGGUACGGAGCUCGUUUGACGUGGGAUGCUGCCAUGUUUCAUUUAAUAAUUAAAAAAAGAGGUCGGAUACCGGCUUCGGAUAGUUUCGUCGUGAAAAGAAUAGCCGGACCUGGUUUGGCAAGUGAUUAUUAUUAUCAAAUCAAACCGGAACAAGCUUUGGCUUCCUUAGAGGCUAGAAUGGAAUUAGACGAACUGUCUGCUUAUCAACAUGAAAUGGAACAAAUAAUAAUGCAACCAACGAAAGAUUUUAGUCAAUUUGUUGAAUGUUGUUUUACUCCUUUCUCUGCUCAAAUUUCAAAAACGGGAGUUUAUUCGGUUUUGGAAAAAGAGUGUCAGGAUUUAUUAGCUUGUCUCCAUGAAAAAUUGGAAAGACGGAGAAGGGAGUUAAAUAAUGGCCUUAGCGGAACCGUCAGAUCAAAAAUUAAAUUAACUGCUACUCAUUUAAAGAUUGCUCUACAACAAGGAGCACUCAUGUUGGAAAGGUUUUAUCCGACUCACGUUUUGCAAAGGCUUCCUGCUACGGAAGAAGAAUUUUGGGAAGCGAGGGGUUUGGGAGUAAACGAUUGGUCUGGUUUGGUGGCAUUAAUUUUUGCCGAUAUAUUUUCUCUAGAUUUUUUGACGCCAUUAGAUGACACGGAUACUCGUUUUAAACUCGAGCCUCAUCCUCAAGUGGAUUUAUCACGUUUUAUUGAAUUAGUUUCUGGAGCAGAAUUGGGUUCGGGCCCCGAUCUUCUCGGUCCUGUACACGCACCUAGAGGAAAUAUUCAAAUUCAUUCUCCAUACUUGGACGUGUCUGCUUUUAAUCCUCGUCAAAUGCCUCGAAAAGGAGAUCAUAAAAGUACGUAUUGUGUUAGCGAUUCUGGAUCAUCACAUAAAAGUAGAAUUAAACGUCACAGAACUUGGUCUUCGAUGGUUCCAUCGAAGAAAAAUGAAAAACUUAUGUGGAAACCGUGGAAACGAGAAAACAAGUGGUACAAUGCUGAAAAAUUAGUCAUACCUUUGCCCAUCCCUCAUCCCGCUCAUAUCGGUAUCACAAUUCACAACAGGGAUUCCGACGAUCCCAUAAAUUUAGGUACGGAACUGUGUAAUAAUAUUCUUAAAGCGCUGGAAGAUUCCCAGGUUGUUACAAAUUCGGUAGCUCGAUGUAAAGGUGGUUGCAGUGAAGAAAGCACGGAAACUCGGGGGGAAAGUACGGAAUCUCUUAGUCCAGACGAAGAACCUCCUCCGAAACCUCCUCAAACUUUAAAUUGGAACAUUGCUCGUAGGAAAAACAAUUCGGGAACGGUACGAGUCGAUUUAGCAUCACCCGAAGACAUUUCAUUGGAUACAGAUUCUAGCAGAGUCGUUUUCAGUCAGUACGGAACAACCGUGUAA